AGUUAAGUCUACCACCUCCAUCAGAGUUCCUUCUCAAAGGAUGAUCAUGGCAAGAAGCCACUGUGACGAUGAAUGGAUGAAUACGGCGAGAUGUGAUUAUGAUGAGGGGAAUCACUUCUUAACUCUGUGAUAGCAAUAGGUUGUUUGGCAGUCUGACAGUCAAUCCCAUAUGCUUCCAAGAGUCCAAAGAAGUGUGAGACCUCUACACCAUACGUGUACAUCCCCAGACCGAUGGAUGGUGACAUCCAGCAGUCAAGUUGGACUGCUCCAAAUUCCAGUCAAGUUGCGAACGAGAGGGUCGACCGAGUAAGCCAGCUCUUUCCCUCUACCUCUUUCAUAAAACCCCGCACGCUGCUAUGUCUUCCCGUCCAGCUAAAGCCAUCUUCCCUGGGGACUACGAAAAAAGGUACAGACUUCUUCCUGUGAACAUUCCCUGCCCGGGAGCUUUCUCUUAAGUAGGCUUUUCGGCAACUUCGGGAAACGGAGGCGUUCCAACUUCCAUCCGCAUGGAAAACUCGGCAUACCUCCACUAACUAGUCAGCUGUCGUAAGUCGCCGUGCUCUUCAGUCUUCACUCUUCUACUGUGAAAGUUUGCAGGAAAGCCAUGGCGGGAGGGCUGGUGGUUACAGGUAAAAGUCAGCCGUAUAAUGGGAGGAUUACAUGGUUUGUGGUGCUUUCCUCCAUGGUUGCGGCGACUGGUGGAAUUAUCUUUGGCUAUGAUAUAGGAAUAUCAGGUGGAGUUACAUCGAUGGAACCAUUUUUGAGGAAAUUCUUCCCAGAAGUGUACACUAAAAUGAAACAAGACUCCAAGAUAAGCAACUACUGCAAAUUUGACAGCCAACUUCUCACCUCCUUCACCUCUUCACUCUACGUUGCAGGGCUUGUUGCUUCUUUCUUUGCUUCACCAGUCACUAGAACUUUCGGCCGUAAGCCAUCAAUCCUGAUUGGUGGGGCCGCAUUUCUAACUGGUGCUGCACUUGGAGGCGCAGCUUAUAACAUCUACAUGCUAAUAUUUGGCCGUGUUUUGCUUGGGGUGGGAGUUGGUUUUGCCAAUCAGUCGGUCCCUUUAUACCUCUCAGAAAUGGCACCACCCAAAUCUAGAGGAGCUUUUAACAUUGGCUUCCAAUUUUGUGUUGGUAUUGGUGUUUUAGUAGCUAACCUUAUCAAUUAUGGCACGGAGAAGAUUAAAGAUGGUUGGGGAUGGCGCAUCUCCCUAGCAAUGGCUGCUGCACCAGCAACAAUUUUAACAGUGGGGGCACUUUUCCUUCCAGAAACACCCAAUAGUCUCAUUCAGCACGGAAAUGAUCAUGAAAAGGCCAUGAAGAUGCUGCAACGGAUUCGAGGCACGACUGAUGUCAAAGCAGAACUUGUUGAUCUUAUCAAAGCAAGUGAAAACCCAAAUAAUUCAGUACCACUUAAUUAAUUCAGAUUCAAAUAUUCUAUUUUUAUUAUCAAAUGCGUCUUCAUGUUAAAGAUCUGAAUUUUAUUAGGUUUAAAAAUGCUGAAUUGAUUAAGUACUUUAUUCUAAAUAUGAACGGCAAAAUUUGAUACUAAUAUGGAAAUUCCCUUAUGGUGGGUCAGAUGAAAAAUUAGGAUCAAUC